GAUUUCAAUUUUCCCGAUUCAAAAGGAUAAUAGAAACAAUUAUCCCAACAUCUAGUUUAUGAAGUGUUUACUCGUGUUUUUAUGAUCUCGCAUAGUGUAUUUUGUGCGUUAACAAUUGUUCUAAAAAAUUAAAUAUUUCCUGGUUAUUUACUAUCCAUCCAUUACUAUGGUUCAAUUACGGCGUCAGAUUUUGACUUAUGGGAAUUUUUUGAAUCAACUUCAACUUAAUAUCAAAAGAAAUUCAUCAUCUUUACAAAUUAAAGAUAAAAAAGUAAUACAACCAGAACGUUCUUUUAGGUAUACAGAUCUAUCAGUUCGUCUUGCAGGACCAGAACAAUUACAACCAAAACCUGAUGUUAGUGAUUUAGCAUUUGGUAAAUAUUUUACAGAUCAUAUAUUAAAAAUAUUUUAUCAUGAAACAUUAGGAGGAUGGCAAAGACCAGAAAUCGCUCCAUUUGAAAAUCUAGUUCUUCAUCCAGCAUCAAAAGUAUUUCAUUAUGCUAUAGAGUUGUUUGAAGGUUUAAAAGCUUACAGAGGAGUAGAUGGUAAAAUAAGAAUAUUUAGACCAGAAUUAAAUAUGGAACGAAUGAACAGUUCUGCAAUGAGAACUGGUUUACCUGUUUUCAUUGGAGAGGAAUUAAUUAAAUGUUUAUGUAGAUUAAUUAGUAUUGAUCAAGAAUGGGUACCUCAUUCUACUGCUUCUAGUCUUUACAUACGGCCAACAAUGAUAGGAAUAGAUCCUAUCCUUGGUGUUACAUCUUCGGAAUCUGCUUUACUUUAUGUUAUUUUAUCACCUGUGGUUCUUAUUUUAAAAAACAAAAAAGACAUUGGGAUAUCUUUAUUAGCUGAUCCUCAAUACACAAGAGCAUGGCCAGGUGGUUGUGGUAACUAUAAAGUAGGCAGUAAUUAUGGUCCUACAGUAUAUGUACAAAAAGAAGCUAUAGGAAAGGGUUUACAACAAGUAUUAUGGCUUUAUGGAGAUGAUAAUGAAUUAACUGAAGCUGGAACUAUGAAUGUGUUUAUAUUCAUUUUAAAUGACGAUGGUGAAAAAGAAUUAAUAACUCCACCAUUGACAAGUGGUUUGAUUCUUCCUGGAAUUACAAGAAAUUCUAUUUUAGCAUUAAGUAAGAAAUGGAAUCAAUUUAAAGUUAGUGAAAGAAAGAUUUGUAUGGAUGAAGUUUGUCAGUUACUUUCAGAAAACCGAUUAUUGGAAAUAUUUGGAGCAGGAACAGCUUGUAUAAUUAGUCCAGUAUCUUACAUAGACUUUGUUGGACAACUAUUAUAUAUACCUACAGUGGAACAUUCUAAUCCUAUUUAUAAAAUGCUUUUGAAGCAUUUAUCUGAUAUACAAUAUGGUGUUAUACAAGAUCACCCUUGGGCGAUACCUAUCGAAUGAAAAUAGGAUAAUUUAUUGGAUUAUUUACUAAAUAAUCGUAAAUAAAAGCGAUUUCAUAUUUAUACUACAAUUGGAAAUGAUGUAACUCUAGUAGUGAUUUUAUUGCUAGUUUUAUAUGAAUAUCAUUUCUAUUUAUUUAUAUGUAUGAUUUUUGAUCAAAAAAAGCGACUUCUUUUAGAAUAUAAAAGAAGC